UCCUCCUGUAGGGCAGGGAGGUAAAAUGUACCUGAACUGGAUCCAGUAUGAGGAAGAAUGCCCACAGAAAGUCACCAACAGCGUAUUGUUUUCGGGAAAAAGAUGACCUAGCAGGUCUGACAACAUUAGUAUACAUUUAUCUGAGUAAUCCCCAUCAGCUGUGACACUUUGUCAAACAAGCAGCUGCUUGACUCUGAUAACAAUGGACGAGUGCUGCUUGUCCCCUGAAGAGCAGGAGAGCCGGAGGAUAUCCAGAGAAAUAGAGAAACAACUUCAACUUCAUAAAAAAAACCUUAAACGGGAACUAAAGCUUCUGCUUUUAGGAACUGGUGAAAGUGGGAAGAGCACCUUCAUUAAACAGAUGAGGAUCAUCCAUGGCAAAGGGUACAAUGAAACUGACAGGAAAAAUUUCACCCGGAUUGUCUUCCAAAAUAUCGUCACAGCCAUACAGGCGCUAAUUGAAGCUAUGAGUUAUCUACACAUCCAGUAUGCUGACAACCAAAAUGUUAGUUAUGCCAAGAAACUGAGCGAGGUGGAGGUAUCUGAUUUGACGACAUUGGCGCCCUGGCAGGUGGAUGCCAUCAAGCGAGUAUGGAAUGAUGGUGGUGUACAAAAGUGCUAUGACCGUCGGAGGGAGUACCAGUUGUCAGACUCUGCCAAAUAUUAUCUGAAUGACAUGGACAGAAUCACAGCCCAAGAUUAUAUUCCAUCUGAGCAGGAUAUCUUGAGGGUCCGAGUAGCCACUACGGGUAUCAUAGAGUACAUAUUUGAUAUGUCAAAAGUCACCUUCAGAAUGGUGGAUGUGGGUGGCCAGCGCUCAGAAAGGAAAAAAUGGAUCCACUGCUUUGAAAGUGUCACUUCGAUCAUAUUCCUAGCAGCCCUAAGUGAAUAUGAUCAAGUACUUUAUGAGAGCCAGAAUGAGAACCGGCUACGAGAGAGCCUUGCCCUGUUUGAGACAAUCAACACAUCCAAUUGGUUUCAAGAUUCUUCCACUAUUCUUUUUCUGAACAAAACAGACCUGCUGGCUGAGAAAAUCACAGAAUCUCAUCUGGCAACAUACUUCCCAGAAUACAAUGGGCCCAAAGGUGAUGCUGAAUCAGCAAAAAAGUUCAUUGAGAAGUUGUACAUUCAAUUACACCAAAAUUCUCAUAAAGCCCUCUAUACACACUUCACCUGUGCCACUGACACAGAGAACAUCCGGGUUGUCUUCAAAGCUGUCAAAGACACUCUCUUUCAAGAAAAUCUUGAAAGAUUCAACAUUGUAUGAAAGAAACCCCAGUGAUUAUUUAUCUUUAGUAACACAAAAGUUCAGGUACAAUCAAAUGUUGCAAUUUUUUGAAAUUAAAAUACUGUCAGACUACGGCUUUGAAAACCAUAAAAAACACAAAGCAAACAUAAGAAUGUUUAACUCCACUGUACUGAAUCAUGUCAUUUUAUUGAAAUAGCAAUGUAUCAAAUAGCAAAUUAUAAAAAUGUUCAUAAUAUUUAAAUAUUUGAAAUCAGAAGUAUUUAACCUUAUGGGAAACAAAGGAAAAGCGAAGAAUGUUGAAAAUCACUUAUAAAUAAAUAAAUUCCAUUAUGGUAGAUUUGUCAUAUUUUUUUCUUCUUUAUAGAGCAUAAAACUUCAGACACACUAAAACAGACACUAAAAUACAGUAGGUAGUGAUAUAUUAAGUCAGCUAUGUUUACAUAAAAUGAUUUGCUAAGAACUGUUCUUGCUUAUUAAAGAUUUUUUUCCAAUUUUUAUUUAAAUAUCUUUUGAAGUUAUUUUAAAUUAAUUUUCCAACCACAUUAGAAGGGGAAUCACUGGUAUGAGGAUUUAACCUGAAACAUAUG